CCCCCCCUCUCUCGUUUCUCUCUCGUUUCUCUCUCGUCCUCCUCGUCGUCUUCUCCUCCCUCCCUCGUCCUUGCCUGCACUCGACCGGCUUGUUGGAGCUUGGCCAAGCAACCUUGCAUCGUAGCUCUCUGGUGGUAGCACAUGACGAGGAGGAGGAGGAAAAUCGCGAGUGCGCUCUGGCGCUCUCAUCUAUGAAUUGGACAAGUAAGUGAAAGUUUUACGCUAUUUUACGCUGCGGUCACGCCAGUGCUCUUCCCGUCAAGUUGGCUCAUGCUGCUCUCAUUUGCUUUUCGGCAUAUACUUACUUCUCCGCCAUCCAUCCUUGCGUGCCCUUCCCUGCAUCUCCGUGCUGUUUUCUAAAUUUGGGCGGGAGAGAUGCUCUUCCCUCGUCGUCGUCGUCCUUCUUGACUGAAUAUGAUGUGAGCAGCUCUUCGUUCCUUCCUGCCACUCGCCAUAUCCUGCAAGAUCCUCUCGCGGUACGUGCUUGAGAAUGAUGGUUCGAUAUGCUCAGCGAUAACCCUACUCUCUUCUUGCAAUGCUACGUCUCCGCUGCUAUCUCUUGCCAUUCGCUCGCUUUCACGCAGCAGCAGCUAAUUCGAGUCCGGUUACGGUCCAUCCAAUUGUCCUCCCCUGACCGCCAUGGUCGAGGUUCCUGGUGACGCGUACACUGUGACCUGUACGCGUCUCACUCUGGACGAUGGUCGCCGCAUUUUUGUCCGGACCAAGUGGUUUAAAUCCAGCUUCCAUGUCACAGCACUGGAUUUACCGCACUCCUGGUCAUGCAGCGUUAAUAAGCAGGAUGUAGAAGAAAGGGCAACCAGGUGGGAGAUGAGUGGCGAGGAAUAUCUCAUCCAGUCUCGCCUACAUUUGGAGGAAGAUGUGUCCGGCUCCAUGUAUUCGCUUAAUCCGCUUCGAAGUGGCGCGAUGCGGGUACAUGCCUUCCAUUUAUCCUGGAAUACAAGAGUUGGUAUGAAAUAUGACGAACCGAAGGUGGUUCUUAUACUUCACAAAGACAACGACACAAUGGCACUCGUAUCGGAGUUUAUGGAUGUUUUAAUGGACUCAACUCUAAUACUGCAGAAGCAAUUAGCAAGGCGCAAUAACAAGGCUCACCAACCGGGUAUCCAGUUCUUAGCUCCAGAGAAGGUUAGGAGUAGUAUGUCACACCAAGGACUAAGUAGAGAGGAUGUCUGUGGAGGAUUGGAUGGUUUAGACGUCAAAUUCGAAUUUCGAAAUAGCCCCGUGAGCUAUGAGACGGAUUCUCGUCUCAGUACUCCAACUCAUCCAUCGAAUUUGACUGCUCCAGAGGGCGGAGUGUCUCAGACCCAAGCUCCUGGUGUAGAAAGAUCAUCGAAACCGCACAAUUCUGAGACACGCAAUCAAGGGAGGCAUAUAUAUACGGAGGAGACUGUACCUGUCCAUGGCCGUGACGCCCCUUCCUCCGACAGGCCAAACCCUGUAGGAAAUCAUGGGGGAGUAUCUGUUAGGCAUCUGAAAUCUAUGUUCUCUGGGUUUCAUGGACUCAGUGAAAGCAAGCGAGAGCAAUCACAGGCUGAAAUGAAGAGACCAAGGGCGCCUGAGCAUCGAAGUGACGCAGGCGAAGUUCCAAUGACCGAUGGCCACGAGUAUUACUUGGACAGAAUGGGCUCUUCACAGCUGAAGCGUGCUUUUUCAGUGGAUGUAUUAGAUAGACCGUUAGACCGAGGUGUACAACCAAAACAAAAAUUCGCGGCACCGCUACAUGAGCAAGAAAUUGCAUGGGCAAAACCCUGCACGACAAUCAGAUGCACGAAUGUUGACUACCUUUGCCCAACAAGCAGGCCCUCUUCAUCAGUUGAUUACAAAAACCUAAGAAAGGCACCAACCUGUGACACGAAGGUAAUCUCGUUAGAAUCGAGUAAGCUAGGUAUGGAGGGCUCAGGUGGCAGUGGUUGGAAGGCAACUACUUCUCGAAAUCCCAGUGGUCAUGUGGAAAGCAAAAGCUUUGGAUUUGUAGAUGCGAAAAGGCGUGAUGUUGCUAGUCGAGGGCGAGAAAGAAUCAUCACGCUCAGCGAUAGUGAAGAAGAGGACUGUCACUAUGACGAAAAAGAAUUGCUGCACCGGAGAAUACCAUGUUCUGUGGAAGGCCAGUCAGAUGAACCCGUAAGUGGAUUUACAAUUCACCCUUUUAAAGAAAAGGUAAGUCCAAGAUUUGCUGGAGACAGCUUGAUACCCACUCACAAGUCGAAAAAUAUGGCUGGCAGUUCUAAAGAUUUGACACCGAAUACCCUGCGAGAGAAAAAGGAUUCGGUCGAACCAAAUGCGUGGAAGGUGAAAGAAGAGCUCAACAGAACUAGAUUUGAAGCACAAGAUGGUAGUGGGCAAAUCAGGUCAAGGAAGCGGAAGGAAACCGGCGAUGCCGAUGACGUAAAGACUGAUGUUGAAGGGAAGGUUACGAAACAGAAUGGAUCUUUCUCUGAGGAACAAAUCAUAACACUUAGAGGAAGUAUUGCACGAAAUAAAAAGGGAUUGGAUGCAGAGGUUUUUAAAUCAACAGUUAAAAGUGCUUAUGUUGAGGUGGAGAGCGAGCGACAGAGCGAACAGGAACCAGUUCACCAGACGGGAGAUCAUUCCGACGAGAUACGUGCUGAUACUACCAAAUAUGAAAGCAGGUCCCAGCGGAAACAAAUCAACCAUGCUGGGUAUCAUCGUAGCGAGAACCCUGCCAGUACAUUUAACACUGAAACCAGAUCUAAAAAGUGGGAUGCCUGGAUAUCGGAAGCCAGAUCUCCAGUUACCUCUUGGGAAGUGCCGACAGAAAACAGAGGAUCAUGUCAACUGGUAGAUCAACAGACAGAAACUCAUGUUGUGAACACAAGUUCACCAAAUGAUUCGAAAUACUUGGACACACCAUUUUCAAAAAAAAAGAAGAUUGGUAGAGAUUUUGAAUAUCUUGAUACUUCAUUGAGCAAUUCAGAGCACCUUCAAUCACCUCAGGACGACCUCAACAUCAGUCCUCCCAGCGAAGUGAAUAGUUUCAGGAAGCAGUCGCAGGAGGAUUUAACAGGGAGCGUGGUUGAGCAACCGGAGACAAGCUACACCAGUGAAACAGCUAAGAAAAAAAAAAAAACUCUGUCAGAAGACGGCCCACUGCUGGCGGGAAAAAAAAUGGAGAGGUGGAAGCCCAUUCAAAUUGUCAAGGACGGUGACUCUAAUAGUGUGGAAGAGUUAAUUUUGGAACCUGGAGGAAAUGAUGAUCACAAGGUGGUGAACGAGCGGCAAGAGAGUCAAAAAGAGAAACCAGAGAAAGGGGUCGAGGGAAGAAAAGGACCUAGUCGAAGGGGGCGUACCCCAGCUGUGAACACAUGCAAUGAUGGGAAGAUACAGUCGGACAAGAUGUGUCAAAACGUGUCAAGAUCUAAUAGUUCGAAGCGUCCCUUUUCAAAGGGACGUGCAGCGAGGUCUACAGAAAGGCCGAAUCGAAGUAAUUCUCGGGAUCGUUCACCAUCAGUUGCUGGGCCCGUGGUGAAGUUUCAGCCACAAGUAGAGGUGGAUCAAUCCUGUCAAACUGAUGUACCUGAUUCUGAUUACUAUUGCUUUGAUGACGACCGAACCGAGGAGCAAAUCCAACCAAACCAGGUAUGGGCUCUAUAUGAUGAAUUCGAUCAGAUGCCACGUACAUUGAUUUUGAUCAAGGAAGUGAGCACAAGUGGACCCUUCUCAGUAACGGCAAACUGGCUGCAACUCCACACGCCUUCAAAGAAAAGUGAACGGCACGAGAGCUCUCAGUUUUCAGCAUGUUGUGGGAGUUUUGAAGAAUUGAAGGAGAGUACAGUUGUGAAGGCUUUAAACUGCUUCUCUCACAAGUUGGAGUACACAUUAAAAAGUAACAAUAAUCUAGAAAUUUAUCCUCGAGUAGGCGAGAUUUGGGCACUGCAUCAGAUGGGAAAUUCGAGACAAAUCCGCUCGGAGAUGGACGAAUGGGAAGAAAGACAAGAGGAGAAGCGCAAAUAUAGACUAGUGGUUAUUUUGACAGAAUGUGGAGAGGGGCAAGCACCUCAGAUCCAAGUGCUUAGGAAACGAACUGGGUUUCGAACAUUAUGGGAGCCUGGCUACGACCCAGGUGUACUGCCCGUAGAAGGUAUGAAGCGUUUUUCCCAUAAGGUGCCUGCACACAAGUUAACAGAAGAACAAUAUCCUGACAUGAACGGAACUGAUUGUUGGGAUAUAGAUGCCGCUGCUGUGCCCGCAUGUCAAAAUAAUGUGACUUGACCAAUAUCCUGUUCACAUCUAUUAACUGUGACUUUCUGACGAGGCCAAUUUGCAAGAAGUAAAUUUAACGAAAUGAUUAUAUGCUA